UCUUUCAUUUAUGCAGGAUACAUCUGUGCCUAGUCCAACUGUGGUGAGGCUGAGGGGUCAGCGGUGGGGGAGUGCACAGGGGCAGACCUUCCGCUCAGUCCUCACCAAUAUAUAUGGCUCAGGGAAGAGGUGUGUGUAUGAACCUGAUGGUGCCCUGCUAGCUGGAUACAAUGAACGCUACUUCUCUGGAGACAGCAUACAGAAACAUAUUGAUGAAGAUCUCCUGCCCUUUCAGUGGUGUUGUAUUGAGUCUCCACUUUGCCACUUUUACCUCGACAACAGGCCGCUGGACCGCUGUCAAGGUUACAGCUGGACUAGACCUGACGGCUUCACCCAAUCCAAGAAGGUGACACAGGGUAUAGCAAUGGUGUAUGGCAGCCUCCAUUUCAUCACCUUCGAUGGGAGAACGUACUCCUUCAAGGCCCUGGGAGAGUUUGUGAUAUUGCGUCUCUCAUCUGCCACCGGCUCUAAUAUCUUCACCCUGCAAGGACAGAUUGACAGGCUACACCCAGACGCAAACAGGAUCACUGAAGUCCCAGCGGUGGUGCGCAUGGCUGCCUUCUACCAAGGCAUUGGCAAGAUUGAAUGGAGGAGUUCAGAGCAGGACAGCGGACUGCGAGUUUUGGUGGAUGACGUUGAAGUCCCAGUCACCGUUGGUCUUGUACAUGCCAGUAAGAAUAACUUUGCAGUGCGCUGUACUGAACUGAACCGCUGCGCGGCUGUGUACGCCAACGGCCUCCACGUGGUGGUGUGGCGAAGCAUGGGCAGCAAUCAGCUGUGCGCCGUAGUGGAGGUUCCUGAGACCUUCUUCAACCGCACCGUGGGUCUCAUGGGCCUCUGGAGUGCCAACCCCUCUGAUGAUUUCCUCAUGUCCAAUGGCAAGGUCAUUCGCUCGACAGAUGUCAGCACCCCUGCAGAGGAAAAACUGCAUCCCUUUGGUUUGUCCUGGGCAGUCCCAGGCCCAGAGAGCCUAUUGUCCUCUCAAACUCCUAAUAAUUCACUGGUGGUCACCCCCACUGAGAACCUGCUGAAAAGCCUCAGUCCUGUUGAGAUUGAAGAGCUGACAAGAACCUGUAAAAGCAGCAUGCAAUGUGUCCAUGACACAGUAGCAACCAGUGUCCCUGAACUGGGCCAGGAGACUCUGAAGGCUGAGACAGAAUUUCAAAAUCUGGCCCUGAUCAAAGGUAACAUGCCUCCCAUAGUGACACAGCCCACAGUGAUCCGCUCUCAGGUCAAAUCCCAGGUCAGCGUUCAGAUCAUGGCUGAGGAUGCCAACAGAGACAGCAUCACUUAUUCGCUGCUCUUACCCAGGCCUCCACAAGCUUCGAUCGACAGCGGUAAUGGCCAGCUGACGUGGACCCCUCUAAGCACCCAGCCUGUCCAGCUGAGCAUCAAGGUCAGUGACAAACUGAGCAGCUCCCUGUUCACUCCCAUCCUGCGUGUCUGCAACUGCCUCAACGGAGGAACCUGCCAGUAUGACAGCAUCGCUGAAAACCAUCUGCAGGGAAAGUUCCAGGUGGUGGGGUGUCUGUGUCCAAAGGGAUUCAGUGGGAAAUUCUGUGGGAACACCACAGAUUUAUGUCGAGGCAAACCCUGUUUCCGAGGAGUGCAGUGCCGGUCAGAGUCUGGCCAGUUCACCUGCGGUGAAUGUCCAGAUAACACUUUCGCUAAUGGGAAAAAAGGAUACAAGUGCUUUGAAAGUAACAUGUGCAUCCCUCCUUUUCCCUUCCCCUGCCACAAAUAUGCUUAUUGCAACAGCACAAAACAGAGCUACACCUGCACAUGUAUGGAAGGCUUUAAUGGAGAUGGACACAACUGCACAGAUAAAGACGAGUGCGUGGAGAUUAUGGCUUGUGAAAAUGCCAAGUAUGAGUGUAAGAACAAGAUUGGUACCUAUGAAUGCAUCUGCAGAUAUAAAAACCCCAAGGAUGCUGAAGGAUGUGGUGACUCUCCCAAUCCCCCAGGCUAUAACAUGUUCAAUGUCUCUGUGGUCUGGAAAAAGAACCCAGCUGGUGGGAUCCAACAGUUGGAUGACAUGUUAACCAAAGGUUUUACAAACAAGUAUUAUAACCUCACCGAGAUCAAUCAGGGAUUCACGCCGGAUGUGCUUGAAUAUCGAAUCAAAGUGUCCAGUGACACCCCCCACUGGUACAUCACAGACUACCUGACCAGAGUCAGCAGCCACUAUGGCAUCCAUGCCAUAGAAGUUAAUGACGUGGAUGAGUGUAAUAGUAACGAGCAUACGUGUGCCCAUCCUGCUCUGUGCACCAACACCUACGGUGGCUACAGGUGUAUUUGCAACGGGACUGAAGUGGAUAAAAACCAGUCCUGCAUCAUAGACAGCGGCGAAGUGAAUGACACAGAGAUAAACCUGGUCCUGGGGCUGGUUCUGGGCAUCUGCAUCCCUCUGCUGCUGCUACUGCUCCUGGCUGUUCUGGCCUGCUUCUUCUGCUGCCGCAAGAAGACUGUUACUGGAGAAAUCCCCCACCUGUAUCCAAACUACAUCCCGGAGCAGUACAACCCUCCACCCUUCAACUAUUCAGACCCGGCUCUGCAGUACAUGACUCACUGCAGCCCUCGAGUCCUAGACAACUACAUACCAAGGCAGCGCCAUAGAUAGCACACGGUUACAGCCGCAUACAUCACACGCACAUUUGCAUCUUAUCAACCACAACAUUAAAACCACAUACAGUACAAAAUUAUGCCACCCUCGUGCCCCAGAUCACCUCUCAGCCAUCAGCGCGUCGACAUGGGACCUCUUGAUGAGGUGUCCUGUGGUGUCGAGUGGUGGGACUUCAGCAGUGGAUCAUUGCGGCUGUGAGCUGUUUAGGGGCAUCCUGUGGAUUUUUCUGCUGGGGAGGAUGCUGCCGUCGGUGAGGUGCUGGAGCAGAAUAUUAUUAAUUUCUAGUGUGUUCUCAUCCUGAUGUACUGUAAGCCUCCUUCAUCUAUCCAUUAAGCAUGAGGUAUAAUUGAGUGCUGGUUUUGCACUUAUUUGUUCCUCCGUGCUUGUUACUUUCAUGUCCACUCAGUUUAUUCUGUAAAAACAACUUGGUUGGUUAGGGUUAACGAAGAGAUGGUGGUUUGGGUUAAAACGUACCCCCCAGCUUUGUUUUUGACACAUGACGAGUGACAGGGGAUGGCUGCUCAGUGUCUCUUAUGCUACAUGCAUCAAUGCAUCCAUGCCAAAGGAAGCCUUGUGUAAAAUUAUCGUGAAUUAGUCCCGUGUGAUAAACAUCACUAAUUCACGCCCCAGGCACGCCAGGGGGCUGUCACUUCCCCUAACAGUGGUUUUAAUGUUGUGGCUAAUCAUUAGGUGUUUAAAAAUGUUGAGAUGACUGAUUUUGAUUUAUCCCAUCACAAACAAGUAAUCAAACCCGAGUGACUUUAAAAGACAGUUAUUUCCAAUCCUCUCCAUUGAUCCAGUGAAAGAUGUGCCAAGUUCGAACUGGAAGCGUUUUUUCCGCCUGAACAACAGUUUAGAGUCAGAGUCUUACCCAGCAGAAUUCGACAACCUCUUGGCUGGAGACGCUGAUGAAAAGUAAACCACUGCAGUGGUCCUUGGUUUCCAGCUGAGCCAACGCCAAUGGCUUGUUUCAUAGCAACAUUAGCAUUUGUCAGAAUACCUGAUGUCAGGAUCUGUUCACAAUAAAUUAAGUAAAAUUAAUCCCUACUGGCAAAACCAGCAGCACUCAUACCCAGUAAAACACAAUAAAUUCAAUUUGUGUUAUUAUUCUGCCGAGACUUCAAUCCAUGAAAAGUAGAUGUCGCUGUCUUUUAAAAGGCAUUUAUCUGCUGUGAAAGUGACACCCUUUAUUGUUUAUUGAUUGACUGUGUCCCGAUAAAUUUAACAAAGCAAGAGUGAUUCAGUGCUGCAGCUGGAAGCUGUCAGUCAUAAAACCUCCCAGACUCUGCAAGUAAGAACUAUUUCUAAGUCUAAAUAAAAUGCCACUUUAGCAACUGUGUGGUUUACUGAUAUUGUUUCAAGAGCAGAAAGGGUGGAUGCAAUGAAUUUUGAUAUUGCAUCAACCAUGUCACUUUAUAAUGCUGGAUACAAAAUGAUUGUUUGGCUAAGGAUAGUACAGAUGUGCAAACAUCCUCUUGCCAGCUGAUACGAGUCAUAUUGAAGGUGCUGACAGCUGGAUCAUGCUAAAAGAAUUCAACUAUUCAAUUCAGUUUUAUUUAUACAGGGCGAAAUAUCAACAUUGUUGCCUCA